AUGGCAGGAGACAAAUACACGGUAAUUUUGCCUACAUAUAACGAGCGCAAGAACUUGCCCAUUAUUACAUGGCUUCUUGCAAAGACCUUUACUGAGAACAACCUUGACUGGGAAGUCAUUAUUGUUGAUGAUAAUUCACCUGACGGAACCCAAGAGGUUGCCAAACAACUGAUCAAGGUUUAUGGUGAGAACCGGAUUCUGUUGAAGCCGCGUGCAGGCAAACUUGGUCUGGGGACUGCGUAUGUGCACGGUUUACAAUUUGCUACGGGCAAUUUUGUAAUCAUCAUGGAUGCCGAUUUCUCACACCACCCGAGCGCAAUUCCUGAGUUUAUUAAGCUGCAAAAGGCGCAUGACUACGACAUUGUAACUGGCACCCGGUAUGCUGGUAAUGGCGGAGUCUAUGGAUGGGACUUGAAGCGCAAACUUGUUUCUCGAGGUGCCAAUUUCCUUGCGACUCUUGUUCUGCGGCCCAAUGUGUCUGACUUGACAGGGUCGUACCGGUUGUACAAGAAGCCAGUGUUGGAGAAGAUCAUUGCUUCGACUAAGAGUAAGGGAUAUGUGUUCCAGAUGGAGAUGAUGGUGCGUGCCCGAUCAUUUGGGUUUACUAUCGGCGAAGUUCCGAUUGCCUUUGUGGACCGGUUGUAUGGCGAGAGCAAGCUUGGUGGGGAUGAGAUUGUCGGGUACUUGAAGGGUGUGUGGACAUUGUUUACCACUGUGUAA